UUCAAAAAAAUUAGGUCCAGAGGCGAGGCGCAGGAUUCACAGUCCAGUUACGGAGUCAAGAAGAAAUAACACAUGCGAUAUGUCUCUAAACAUGGCUUCGAGACCCGCCAAGAAGAGAAGAAUCUCCCCGUCAGAAGACGACGGCCAGUCAAGCGCCAAAGUUGCGAAAGCCUUCAUGCGCAGUGCCCAAAAUUGGGAUCUGGAGCAAUCUUAUGAAGAUAAAGCACGGAAAAAUGGGAAGAAAAAGGACAAGCAAAGCAACCGCCUGCCUGUAAAGACAGCCGAUGGUCGCUUGCAGCAGUACCAAGGUCCUGAGGACGAUGUCGCAUCCAUUGAUGACGAGGAAUGGCUAGAAGGCAAGGACGUGUCGGAUGUCGAGGCCGAGGACCCAGAGCCAGUUCCCGAGGAGCCACAGAAGCCUGUGAGAGAGCAGAUCAUGGAAGCCAAGGAGGAGCUCGCAAAGACAGCUACUGCACUGAAUGAGAACCCGGAAGAGAAUGGUGGCGCAUUCAAGGCCCUCGCUAAAUUCAAUCAAUCCAAGGUGGAAGCCGUUGUCAAGCUUGCACUAGCUACCCAGCUGGCCGUAUACAAGGACGUCAUUCCUGGUUAUCGAAUCAGGCAAGCCACCGAAGACGCGCCGGAGGAGAAGCUUUCGAAAGACGUCAGGAGCCUGCGGUCAUACGAACAGGCACUGGUUUCAGGAUAUCAGACGUACGUGAAGGAGCUCACAAAACAUGCCAAGUCAGGGAAGAAUCAAGAACCCGCAAAGGGUCAGAGUUUGGCGAGCGUGGCUAUCACAUGUGCCUGCACGUUGCUGACAACCGUACCGCACUUCAACUUCCGCAGCGAGCUCAUCAAGAUCCUCGUGGGCAAGCUCAGCCACAAGAGAGUGGACGAUGAUUUCGUCAAGUGCCUAAAGGCCUUUGAGACUUUGUUCCAGGAAGACGAAGAAGGAAGGCCAGCUAUGGAAUCAGUCUCUCUUCUCUCGAAGAUGAUGAAGGCAAGAGAGUACUACGUUGACGAAAGUGUUGUUAACCUUUUUCUCCAUCUCCGGCUCCUAUCCGAGUUCUCAGGCAAAGCGUCCAAGGACCACGUUGAACGGGACAGGGAAGACGAUUUCAAGAAACCCAAGCAAAAGAAAGAGUUCCGCACGAAGAGGCUGCGAAAAAUGAUGAAGGAAGAAAAGUCUAUCCAAAAGGACAUGGCCAUAGCAGACGCAACGGUGAGCCACGAGGAACGGGAUCGCAUGCAAUCGGACACGCUCAAGCUCGUCUUUGGCACCUACUUCCGCGCACUAAAAGCCCGCGUACCUCGAUUGAUGGGCGCAGUUCUCGAAGGUCUUGCGAAAUACGCCCACCUCAUCAACCAGGACUUCUUCGGUGAUCUCCUCGAAGCCCUCAAGGAUCUCAUCCGCUACAGCGAAGCGGAUGAGGACCAGGAAGUAGAAGAAGACGAGGACGAAGUAGCAUCCGCAGCCGCCGAUCGCAACACCACCCGCGAAGCCCUGCUCUGUACCAUAACAGCCUUCGCCCUGCUGGCUGGUCAGGACGCGCACAAUGCUCGCGCAGACCUGCACCUCGACCUGUCCUUCUUCACGACCCACCUCUUCCGGAACCUGCUCCCGCUCUCCCUGCACGCCGACCUGGAGCUCGGCGCGAGGUCGCUCCACCUGCCGGAUCCGGAUCUGCCCGCAAGCCAGGCCAACAAGUCCACGGCGCGGAACAAGGUCAACCUCCAGACGACCACCGUCCUGCUGAUCCGCUGCCUGACCUCCAUCCUCAUUCCGCCGUGGGGCGUCCGCAGCGUGCCGCCGCUGCGUCUCGCCUCGUUCGCGAAGCAGCUCAUGACGACCGCCCUGCACACGCCCGAGAAGUCGACACAGGCGAUUCUGGCCCUGCUGGCAGACGUCGGCGGCACACACGGCAAGAAGGUCGCCGCGCUGUGGAACACGGAGGAGCGCAAGGGCGACGGGACGUAUAACGCGCUGUCGGAGAGCGUCGAGGGCGCCAACCCGUUCGCGAGCACCAUCUGGGAGGGCGAGAUUCUGAGGAGGCAUUACUGCCCCAAGGUGCGGGAAGGCGUAAAGAUUGUGGAGAAGGCCUUCGGAAACGGAGGCAGGUGAGGCAUCGGCGAAGAGAGGAGGCGGGGCCGUAUUGGGAUUUGCAUGUGAAGUUAUGCUGGACUGGCGAGAAUCACUAUAAUCAGUAGCGGGCAGCAAUACAUCAAAAGUCAAAGCUGUAAUUAUGUCUGAGCUCUGACGACUGCAUGCUUACCAGCGGGUCCAGGCUGCUUACAAUACGAUAGAUGAAAAAAAUUAGCGGUACUUAUAUACAAUACCUUUUUGGGUCACAAUUGCGAGUUCGCAGUGACAAG